CGGUGCAUGUGCUGUCUUGUUCCCGCAUUUGAUUGAGAUUUUCAUCGAGUCUCGUAUACUCAUAGCAAUACUUUCAGAGGCCUUUUCUAGCUCCAUUAACCGCCACGAACAAACCGUUGAGCCGUUCAGACGAUCAUUCAAAACGUAUUGUUGAGCACACUGACUGGCUCACUGGAUCUGAAUAGGAAGGACAUGCAUGCAUGGGACAUGCCAUUUCAUGAUAUGAGGCCAGUGUAGAAAUGAAUACAAAAUGAAUUCAUUAGUGCCUUAUAUGCUGUGGUAUAUGUAUAUACUAGGAAUAGCAAAGAGGCGUAUCUGACCAACUGACUGCGGCAUACACAGGUCAAGUUUGAGGUUGCUUCCUAGAUGUCAUGGCUUCCACUGUGAUGACGACGAUUUCUAAUAUUUCCAACUUAUAUGAAGAUUUCAUUAUAAGUAGAGGAGAUCCACGGGUGCAAUCAUGGCCUUUACUAAAGACACCAACCAAUACAGUAGCAAUAAUUGUCAUGUACCUCCUUAUGGUUAAGUUGGGACCAAGGUUGAUGAGAGAUAGGAAGCCGUUUGAUCUUAGGUGGACUCUAGUACCGUUUAACGCAUUUUUAGUCUGCCUUUCUACGUACAUAUUCUAUGAAUGCAUUUCGUGUGUUAUUCUAUCUGGCUAUACACUGCUGUGCAUGGGUGUAGAUUACUCAAACAGUCCUUUAGCGCUCAGGAUGGCAAGAGUUUGCUGGUGGUUUUUCAUUUCAAAAUUCAUCGAAAUGUUUGACUCGCUUAUUUUCAUUCUUAGAAAGAAAAACAGCCAGCUGAGUUUCCUACAUGUAUAUCAUCAUACCACGACAGCGGCUUAUUGCUGGAUAGGGGCAAACUACCUUCCAGGGGGGAAUUCAUACUUCUGUGUGGUGAUAAAUAGUUUCGUCCAUAUGAUCAUGUACUCGUACUACGGUCUUUCUGCCAUCGGACCGCACAUGCAGAAAUAUCUCUGGUGGAAAAAAUACCUGACAUGGCUUCAGCUGGUGCAGUUCAUCGCAAAUGUGUACGUUGGUGUUCACGCUAUAUUUGUUUCACAGUGUGACUUCUCGCGGGCUUACUCAAUAUUAGGAGGUGCCUAUUCGGUUAGCUUAGCUAUUCUUUUUUCACACUUCUAUCGUCAGGCCUACCACAAGCCUCGUGCUCGUAAGCAUGAUGCUGUGAAUGGAAAAAUGGAAAAUGGAAAAGCGGAGCUUAUAACAGAGAAGGAAAAGCAAGGUUGACAGAUAGGUAAAUGGUAUUUGAAGGUCACAGUUCAUUGAACUUUUCCGAAUAUAUAAGUGCAUUUUGCAAGUUGUAACAAAAUAGCAUACUCAUAGGUGCAAGGGACCAUCACUAAUUCGUUGGUGCUAAAACAAAACGAAACCAAUUAUACUAGAUUUUUCCCUCAGAAAAUUUACCAUGAUAUAUCAUUAUUGAUGGUUAAUCUGAAAACCCCCGAUUUGUUUGGUUUAAUUCAGACAAUCCCUUCUCCAAACUAAACAGGCUAUGGUUUAUUUUGGCAUUAGUGUAUGACGGUAUUGGUCCCUAUAUAUUGAUACUCUUCGUAAUCCUAACAAUGUAAGGACUUGAUUUACGUUACUAUCCCUCAGUGAGGUCUCUGAUCCAUCAUUUGGUUGUAACUUUGCCCCAAAAACAAUAUGGUAUGAAAAGAAUAUAAGAAUGUAUAUGGAACAUUAAGUAAAUUCUCUCUGCAAAACACCGUGCACUGUAUAAUUAUGAUGACUUGUUUGUAUCACAACAAAGGGAUUUUUUGCUCAGCAAGGCCUAAUGUUGAAGGUUCAGGGAAAAGUGAGUGUCAUUUAUAAAAGCUCACUAAACUGUUUGUGGUGGGAAACGAACACUGUCGUUGGAUUUGCUACCCCUGGUCGUAGUCUGCCAUUAUACAGUAUUUCGAUGUCUUUUGAAAAUGAUUGGCUUCCAAUACAUUUGUGUACACUCUUAAUAUUCAUUUUUGAUAUUUAAAACAUCUAACUUCACAGUCUACCAGAGUAGUAAAAAAAUUACUAUGUAAUUGUAAUAGUAAUUUUACUAAUCUAUUCUAAGAGAGUAUCAUCACUUGAGUUCUCCAUUAUAAUAGGUUGUAAGUGCCAAUCGCAACCUCUUAAUUCCCACAACAUCCUUCCAAAUUUUAUCGAAUUGCACUAGUCUAACGUCUUGUCUUGGGGGUUUAUACUACUAAAAAUAGUUGAAGGGUCAAAAACGAAAUGUCGCUUACGGUCUUUCUUUUCAAGAGUGAGUAUGUUAAUUCUGAUUCCCUGACAACAAUCUCACGACAAUUCCUUCUAAGAAAGAAAUAUGUUACACUAUACAGUGUGUCCCAGAAAGUUUGUCAAAUUAAAUUUAAUAAAAGUGGCAGUACAUCGCUGCUAUAGGAUUAACAUAAGGUCUUACCCAACAGGUAACUUGUCAUUGUAACGGGCGGCGUAAUAGGGUCUUUCAGGCCCGGUUGAAGGUGAGCGGGUCAUUGUCCUACCGUACAAUGGCUUGACGUGGGUUCCGGUCACGGUGUUUUAUCUAUGAAGUAAUUCAUAUUGUUGACCCUCUUCAGACCGAUGGUGCCGCAUAAAUGCCAAUUUACUUCGACAAACUUUCUGGGACACACUGUACAAGAGAUGUGCAUUGCUUGUAAUUUUAAGUAGGUGGCACUUAAAAGGAUUUAAAUAUGGUUUAAAAGUCGGCAUACGAUGAUUCAGCUAUCUUCUCGCAACUACAUACAGCUCUAGUAAAGCUGUCAACUCAUUAAUACCAUUGUUAGGAUUAUGAAGACUUGGUUUAUUUGAUCUCUCAGGCUCGUCUAUUCCAUCCUAUUUUAUAUCUAUGAUUUGAAGCUCGUUGUUCAUAAGACUUUCAGUGUGAGAAAAAGAUUUCUCCUCAGAAUCUUAAGAUGUAGAACAAUAUAGAGUACGUGUAGUUUUUGAUUUAUAUGGCACGGUUUAGUUGUCACGCAUCGUCCUUCAACCUGUACCAGAACAUUCCUUUAGUGCUUCCAUUAGACAUUCAUCAAACGAUCAUGACUAUUUUCGGGUGAUUGCCUACUGCCGUAUCUACCUUGUGAUCAACAACAUUGCAGACUGCAUCAAACUAUUGGAAGAUCUUGACAAACUACAUAUCUCGGAGUAACAUUCACAUCAACUAUGAGUUAGGACGCCCACCUCCUAAACUGAAAACGAACAAACUGAACCCGCAAGUGUUUAUCUGAGUUUAAUUGAUGCCCGCGUGCUGAGAGACAAACAGCGACCAAAAUCAUGCAGUCAUAUCCCAUAUGGGACGUUGCAAACUUACACAACCAUAACCAGAGCUACUUGUCAUAGGGUUUUGAGGGUCCUGUGAUCCAGCAGCCGGCGAGUAAGGGCAUGAAUAUAACGAACAAUUGCUUGUCACCUGAGAACAAUACGGUACAGUUUGAUAAGGGGAUUCUCUGCAAAUAAGCACUGCCUAUUUGUAUUGGCUGUAGAUGCUGUGCCAAAGAUUUAUUUGUUACCUAUUAUAGUGGCAUGUAAUACAGGGUUUUAGAAAGAAGGGUUUGGUAGUUUUAAAGUUGAAUAACGGAAUUUGAAAAAUAUUUUUUUUCUUAAAUAAAGUAGUAGUAAAGGUUCUAUUAUGUCACUUGCCAACAGUGGUAAAAGACACUCAAACCAGUCCGAGGUUAGAGCAACCAGCCAGUUGAAAUAUGUUACUACGACGAAUUCACCUUUUAUUUGUCAUGCAUGAUUUAGCUGUUUGAAGGCCAUGUUUAAAUUCAAACCUGGUACAAUAUAAUUUUUUUUGGUGUGGACUACUAUGACCAAGUCUGGGACUCCUGUCAUACCGGAAUUUUAACAUGGGUGCGCUAGAAGAAUCCCCCUCAUGAUGAAUUGGAUUGUGAUAACAGUGUCGUUGCCUAUUCUAAAUCACAAGCCGCAUACAUGUAUAAUCUUAGUGAUGCUGCUUUUAUUCAUAUCUUAUCGUAUGCUCUGGUGAGUAAGGUUGUUUAAUCUCAAGCUACGAAACAGUUGUUAGCCUGGCAUGUUUGUGGGAAUAUAUGUUCUGUAUGGCUAUUAUUGUGCUAAUCUGGCGAACGAAAGUUCUGACGGAUUUUUAUGGUAUUUGGUUUUGCACUAUUUUAGAUGCUUGACAAAGGCUACGCAUUGCUGAAAUUUUUAUAUAUUAUACUGCCCUGCAAAAUUUCAUGUAUUACCCAAUACAGUCCAAAUAACAAUGAGGAACCUGCACAACAAAACCUGCCAAUAGGGGGCCCUUCAGGCAAGUGGACCAUUGUUGUAAUGAGAAAGCCAUUUCCCUGGUCAAUAAUUAUUGAAUAUUUCAUCCCUUAAUUACUCUGCAUGGCGAAAUAGCGUCAAAAAUGUUGUUUUAUUGGUCCUGAAUUCUAUUUUGAUGAGUUUUAGGGAGAAAAUCAACAAAACUUAUUUUUAAUGUAAAAUGCACUGGAAGUGUACCUUUUAGUACUGGUGCUGCCAUCUGGAUUUUCAGUUGUGCAAGUUCCUCAUUGUCAUCUCUAAAUUCGCGUCAUUGGUGCGUCAUUGGUGCGUCAUUGAUGCGCUACCCAGCACGUAGGUCGCGCGUAAUUUACGCGAAACCUAGAGAAAUAAUCGUGUCACUGGUGCGUCAUUGACGUGCAGCUCGACGCGCAACUCGCGCGUACGUUGCACACACGUCCAUGACACGAAGCACGAUGGAUGUCUUGUGAUUUGGACUGCAGAUGCAAUUGGUGAGAAGAGUUUAUGAAUUGUUAAAAUUAGAUUCAAAUCAAGGUAAAUUGGGUGCACUUACUGUAGUAAUGUAUAUAUUAUGUGUUCAAUAUUUACUGACUUGACUAUUAAGCAGGAAGCAUUGAUUUUCGACAGGCCAGCAAGAUUCGUCGUGACUUUAAAGGGGUUGUGUGAAUUAGGGGUCCAAAACAGGAAUUUUGUCUUCAUGAGGCCGGAUAUAUCCAAAACGAGGUUAAGUUACGGAAAAAAUAUGUAUAAUGAUUUUUUUUUCGAAAAUGACCCUGACUUUCGAAUUUUCCUCCAAAUGUCCUUAUUACGUCAUAGUGUACCGGCCUGCGAGCCAGCGGCAGCGCGAACAAUCAACGAAGAUUUGCCGUUUUGCCACGUCAUCAUCGUUUGGCCAUCAAAAACGUCCCUCUGUUGACGGGCGACAAUUCAGAACAUUGCCGAGGCAUUCUAGUCUUUGUUUUGUUUUGUUAUGGUUAGCCUACGUCAGACAUGUCAGACGCGAUCGAUCGAUGUGCGAAUGAUCACAUAUCGACUGAGUCAUCGCCGAAUGCAUUCUGCUCCACAAUGAUACCACGCUUGCGCGAACUUCAAAUUUGCGCGGGAAGUUGCGGACCUUGCUUACGGAUUACUCGGAAACUACUGGGCCGAUUUUAAAAAAAAAUACAUUGGCAUCUUCAGCUCAGUGUCUAGAAGCAGAAUUUUCACUUCAUAAUGGCGUACCUUUUACUUCACACAACCCCUUUAAAUGAUGGCACCAGCCUUGUAACGGACAAUAAUAAUCCGUAUAAUGGUGAUGCUGCCAUACGCGUGUAAAAAGUCGUGGCAGCUCCUUGCAGAUUGUAUGGUAGCAGAAAAGUCAUGUCAGUACGAUAUCAUUAUUCAAAAAGUAAUUCAAAUUUGUUUACACCCCUGGCCACAACUCCUCGACAAUUACAUGUACUUUGGCAAAAUUGCCAUUAAAAAAGAGCUUGAAAUGCUCUUAGAAAAACUUUGAACACAAAAUCGUCGUGUAGAUUCACCACUGUGAAUAGUGGAUGGUCGAGCAAAAAUGCAUUGCACGAUAAUAUCAGAAACAAAGCCCUUGAAUGUCUUGAAAAUUAAGGUAUGAAAAGGUCCAAAAGCUGUCUGAUAAAUUAUAAUAUCAUUAAAAAAAAUAAUAUUGAAAGCCUCAGAUUGGCUAACAUAUUAAUGACGCGAUCAAGCUCAAAAUAGUUAUUUUGCAUUAUGCUAGGUAUCGAUGGGUCGAAACAAAACAGUUAUCCAGUUGAAAUUACUAAACUUAAUUCAGGUGAGGACGUAGAAUGGGAUCUAUAUUCUAUCUACAUUUUCAACCACCUAACAUACACUUGAUGGGUUUCCUGCAGUUAUUAGAUUAUCAUCAUAGCUGUGGAAGUGAACCAUCCUGGGUGGUAUGACUUUAUUUCUUUAUCCUGAUCUUCAAUAUGACUGUUAAAGGAUGUAGCAUCAAAUUUGGGCACUAAUGAAGGUCAAAAACACACUUUUUCACACUUGCAAUUUUAUGGGGGGGGGGGUGCUCUAGCAGGUAGGAGAAACAUCUGUAAACUAUGGGUUUCAAAUUUGUACCACUUACACAGAAAAUCAUAUCAUUCUUGUUGAUAUUAUUUUCCAUUUGACCGUUAUUCCCGACAUCAGGUGUUAAAAUGCGAUGCUAAGCUGCCUGAUACCUGUGAUAGAAUUUUCAAAGAUUUAAGAUAUAAUUUCAACCUUUAUCAAAGCUAUGCAGGAUCUAUAGAAAUCAUAACAAUGUCUGGGAUCUUUCUAUUGCAUCUACUACUAGUAUAAGUUUUUCCUUUACAAGCCUAUAUACCUAGUAUGUAAUGUAUUCCAUGUGAAUUGUGCGUAGACACUAUGUAGUGGAAACAUGUACGAAGUGGAAACAUGUAGGUGCUAUGAUAUCAUUAUGCAAGACUGUGCGAGCAGAGGCAAGUCCAUCCUAUAUCAAGUUGCAAAAAAAGUUCUAAAAUAUUAGCCCUGGUGAGAGGAGUUUUGACUUUGGGUGUACAGACUAGUUUUAUUGAAAUUAUGUCUUGUUUUUGGGUGGACGUACAGUCCAGGCAGAAUUAACAAUAUAUCUGGCCAGGCAAUCGUUACCUCAGAUCAUAUAGUUUUAUUGAAAUACGGUGCAUGUACUGCAAACUUGGUGACGAGCAAGAUCCUAUUGAUAUCCACACCUACAUGUAUAAUGACUUAUGAUAUUUCCUAAAAUACUUGACAGAUCCCAAUGCGGUUUGUGCUUGGUUGUCACUAAUAUUGUUUUCCAUAUCAUCACCAUGAUAACAAUGAAGUGUUGUCUUCAUAAAAUUGGCUAUUUGAAAAUGGUCCACAAAAGUUCUUUUGUUUUAGGAAAAUUACUACUGAAUAGUUAGUUACAUUUGUUGCAGUUCAGCAAGUAGGAAGACUGUUUUGGGGGUGUUUUCAUAUUGUAUCCUGACCGGGUUUCGAGAUGUCACACAUUUUUCUGGACAAAUAUCAGCAUGCAAUAUAUACUAUUUUUAUCGAUGUUUGAUCUGCCCAAAUCUUCUCUGUCAUGUCCACGGCCCCAUGUGUCAUGCGUUCGCGAUGAAUAUAACAAGAAUAGUAAUGACAAGUAUUUAUUUAUUCUUGCUGGUACAAAGGUUGUAUGUCACCAACACCACAACCUUUUGAGUGUCGUGAGUUUAGUUGAACAAUGUCAACAGUAGGAAUUAUCACGGGUCGAUUUUCAACAAGGAAAAAUCCGGUAUUUCAUAACCAGGAUAAGACACUACACCCCGUACAGUGAUUUCUUCGUGUUUUUAUCAGAAAUGAAAAGUACUUUUUGAGGACCUUUUGUAAAUGGUCGAUUGCAUAAUGAGGACGAUUCGGCAUUUUAAUAUUGAAUAUCAUAUCGUCGAAAAUAUUUGUGACAAUCCUUAGCAACCAGCAUUGAAAACGGUUAAAUAGUUCAGGAGACAUCUUACGUGUUGAUAUCAGUAUGAGAUAGACUGUACGUCCCAAACUUAAAUAGGCUCAAUGUGAUGGACACAGCACUGUGCUAGACCCGCUGUCAAAAUUUUGUUUGCGAUCCUUCCCCGAUGCCCAUUUUAUUUCCUAAAUUUGCCGGAGGGGGUUUAUGUGUGUGUUCCAUCGUGGGAACGGCAAACCAUGGUGUCACAGUGCUUUCUAUUUAAUUGCAUCUGUUUUUAUCAUAUCUCUGGUAUCGCGUGUUCGAUUUUGAUUAAGAAAAUAUCUUAGUAAAUACCUAAUGUUCCUUGGAUUUGGUAUUUUAUCAUUUUAGAACGAAUAUUAAAAAAAAACGAACUAAAAAUGAAGAUUUGUUAAUUUCUAAAAUAAAUCAUAUUACACAGAGAGGAACUUACGCAUUCACAUGCCUGUCAUGAUGUGUCGGA